CGGAACCUUCGGCGGAACCAGAUUAAUAUUUGAGUUUAUGGAAGUCAAGUUGCUCCCUGUCUCCGGGUUCAACUCGUCCACGUUUCUUUCUCCUCCCUCCAUCAUCUUUAUAGCCGAAUUCGUUCUUCAGCUUCCAUUGACCGGUCAUGCCUGCGAAGCGCAAACAUCGUUCGUCGCCGGCUCCUAAGGGACUAGCUGCAGGGGAACAACUUAAACGAGGCAAAUUGCCUGGCAGCGAUCCAUGGGGUUGGGUUGGUACGGAGGUCACCCAUCCCUCUCAGAUCACCUUGGAACAUCGUCUUAUGUCGUGUGGUCUCUCUCGGAGGAGUAACAACCCGUUCUGUGCCAACAAGUACGCACACAAGUCAGAGAAGCAGAACAGCCCUACUCCCAAGCGUGAACCCGCAGAUGGCGAGUCGGGAGACGACAUCAUUGUUGUCUCGGAUGAUACACCACCACUAUGCAGUAAGAAGUUGUGCAAGAACAACCCCAAUUGUUUGAAUUACCUCGGACAAGAGACAUGGAAAGACGAAGACAAAGUCAGGGAUCUAUUCCUGAAGGCAUCUGACCUAGGGUUCAACCCGGUGCUCAACGCCCGAGAUCCCGAACUUCCUGUUGGCUUAAAGAACCUUGGUGCUACGUGCUAUGCGAACGCUUUCAUUCAAGUAUGGUUUCGAGACCUAGCUUUUCGCAAUGGUGUCUAUAUGUGUCAGCCAUCACAAGAUAAGGAAGACGUAUUUGAGGAUUCGCCUAUAUUUCAGUUACAAGUGACGUUUACUGCAUUGCAGGAAUGCACGCAAAACGUCUUCAAUCCCGAAAAACUUGCUGAAAGCUUAAAGCUUUCAACCUCAGAACAGCAAGAUGCACAAGAGUUCUCAAAGCUUUUUAUGUCUCACCUCGAUGCUGAAUUCCAGAAACAGUCAUCACCAUCUUUAAGAUCACUUGUAUCUAAUCAGUUUCAAGGGGAGCAAGUAUACGGCACGAUCUGUGGUAAUUGCCACAAUAAAUCCGAGCGAUCUACGGACUUCCUUGAACUUGAAAUAAAUAUCGAGAACAACGCUCGGCUGGAGGACCGUAUCGCUGCUCUUCUACAGGACGAGAAACUCACUGGUGACAACAAGUACCUGUGUUCGAAAUGCGAGUCGCUCCAGGAUGCCACACGGUAUACUGAGUUGCGAAACCUUCCUCCUGUACUUCAUUUCUCCCUCUUACGAUUUGUUUAUGACUUUGCCUCUAUGGAGCGCAAGAAGUCUAAGCACAAUCUUCUAUUCCCAACGACACUUGACAUGGACCAAUUUGUAGGUUCUGCUGCCGCCCGAAAAGCAGCGAGUAGCGACAAGAGUACCAGAAAGGACAUCUAUGAGCUCAGAGGUGUUCUAUUACACAAGGGACCGAGUGCAUAUCACGGCCACUAUGAGGCUCAAGUUCUGGAUACCGCAUCGAAUACAUGGUUUCAGUUUGACGACGAAAAUGUCACAAAGAUUGAUUCACUCGGAGAAAGGAGAUACACUGGCCGCGAUAUAAUUGACGUUCUGAAUGGGAACCCCAAGAAGGGAAGUACUGGAAAUUCCCGUGGACGUCCCGCAAAGAAAAGGCGGCGGAUCGAUGAUAGCGACGAUGACGUUGUCGAAGUUUCAUCACCACCCACGGAACCUAAGAUCCCUGAGGCAAAACAGCACGGUCUUGAGGAUAUCUUUUUAUCGAAAGACGUCUACAUGCUUAUUUAUGUUCGCAAGGAUGUCCCAUCCCCAGACAACGCCAACUGGCCAGUGACUAUUGCUAGCCAAGGAUCCGAGCAUGGAGCCGUGACGAUUGAUGGUGGAAGUUUUUUCCCUCCCCCACGCGCUCAGGAGGUUGUAAAUAGUCUGAAUGCAGCCCAUGACAUGGCCUGUGACGCAUAUGCAAAGAGGGAAAAAGAAGCAAAGGAACAUUUUGAUGAGUUGCUCAGGAAGAUGAAAGACAUCUAUUCCUCUUGGAGCGUCAAUUCUAUGGAUGAGGACUCCGUCAUCAUAAGCCGUCAUGCUCUCGAACGAUGGUUGUCCAAACCUCUUGCAAAGCCAAAAACCAAACCUAGGGGCGGAGAGGAACCAGAGACCACGCCCGAGAUUUCGUCAAGUUCAGACAUCCUUUGCUACCACGACUCUCUGGAUCCUCAAAGAGCUAACAAUAUGAAGCGUGUCUCCGCUAGCGCCUAUAAGAAGCUCGCUGAGUUUAGCGAGUCUGAAAUUUCUCCAGUAUGCCAGGUGCAUGACGUUUGUGAGACUUGUGUCAGGGAAUCAUUCAUAGAAAAACUAUAUCAAAUCGAACAUCCUCGACUGGUAGCACAGUUCGAUGUGGUCUGUGAUGAAACCCCUGAUCAACCGGGCUACUGGAUAUCCAAGAAUUGGCUCAAAGACUGGCGAUUGCAGAAGCCCAAAAUGCACACGCCGCUGCAAGGAGAUGCAUCACCCGAUGCCCCAGAGUAUCUUGGUCACGUUGUGUGCGAACAUGGUCAACUGUCGCUGGUGUCAACAGCAAGAAAGAGCAUAUCCACGAAGGCUGGUGGCAUAAUUAAAGGCUUGUUCCCUCAAUGGGUACCACGCUCAACUCAGGAAGAGCUCUGCGCUGUUUGUGAGGCAACCAUAAAUAUGUCCAGGGAAGACAAGCGUGAGCUACGGAGGAAAGCUGAAGACGAGAAGGCACGGCUACGUCACAUGCAUGACAACGCCCUAACAGGAAAUACUCUGCUCCUCGAGAAUGUCCCGUGUGCUAUCCUGCCUGCACACUUCGUGCGUUUGUGGAGAAAGUGGGUCACUCGGCCAACAGAUGGACCUCGUCCUGAAGGUGUCAAUAAUUCACAAUUCCUGUGUGAGCAUGGGCACCUUCUUUUCGAUCCUAAUUGUCCAAACGAUUGGGACACGUCUAUUGCGGUUGUACAAAUGACGGAGUGGAUGCUGUUAGCAGAUUUGUAUCCAUGCAGCUCCCCCAUCACUCUGGAGAAGAAACUUGUCGAAAACCCACCGAACGUAUUUGACACCAAGUUCGAGCACGAUGUUCCCGUGUGUCGUGACUGUCGUUCAAAGAGGCGGUCUAACUAUGAUGUUGCUGAGAUCACUGUUCGGCUGUUAAGUGGGAAAAACGCAUCUAAGGAUGUUGUGACGCAAGAGAACAAAAGCCAUAAAUCCGAGGAGAAUGGUCAGCAUCCUCAAAUGACAUAUGGAUCUAAUAGGACCUUCGGUACGCGGCAGUCAAAGCGCAUACGUGAAUCCAAGGAUGGUGUAGAAAAGAAACGGAUCACUAUCUCCAAGUCGACCACGGUGAAGGACAUCAAAGUGAUGCUAUAUGAAGCGCUCAAGAUCCCAACAAUCUGUCAACGAUUGUCUUACUGUGGCCAGGAACUUGAUGAUAAUUCGGUCACUGUCGCAACUCUUGGACUUCUCAUAAACGAUGUCCUUGAUCUUCGGGAAGAGGCAGAAGAUGACGAGAAUGCAAUAACAGAUGACGUCAAUCGUGCAAAGAAAAGGCGCAAGGAAGAGCGAGGUUUUGGUGGUACCCUCUUGGCUUCGUCACAUCCAAAUAUCGUUGCAGACGUUACUGUAAGCUCUGAAGGGGAGCCGCAGUCUGACCAUGAGUACCCCCAGAUCUGAUCUGAAGCUUUGAGGAAUGCGAU